AUGACGAAUCAGAUAAAUCAGUGCUUAUUCUCAGCGAACGGUGAGUUUAACGUGGGACUCGACGAAAAAGCCAAGAAUGCGAUUAACGAGCGACAACAGAAGCUCAAGAAGCAUCGUGUACAAAUGGUCGAAUUCCGCCUUAAAAAGAAAGAGGAGUUCGACCGCAUGAGGAGCGAGUGCAAACGUCUUGAAUGUGUGCUGCAGCAAGGUAUCGCAGAGUUGAAAAACGAAUUAUCGCACGGAACGACUGACUUCGGCGACCAUCGUUUGGUCAGAGCGGUCGUUGACUUGGUCGCAGAGAAUGAGAAGCUGCGAAAACAAAAUGCAGUUCUUAUUAUCGACAUCAAACGGCAUGAAGUGUUUCAGAAGAAACUGGCUGCUGUGGAUGAAACUCUGAGCUCGGAGGAGAGCCUACUACGCCACGACGAGGAGAGGACUUUUCCUGAUAGCGUCUCGGCAUUUUGUUAUCAACCCCUGUCAUUUGAGGAAGUGAAUGCCACUCCGAACCCACUGGACAAUAGCUUUACGGCAAGCUUGCCUCCGGUAUCCUUUGUGGGGGCCAUUUUCGGCUGGGACGUGUUUCGGCAACAACGUAACUCGAUGCUGUCAUCUCGCACCCAGUUCAUUAAGCGCGUGCACUGCUCGAUUGCAACCGCUGUCAGAGUUUCUUGUGAACAGGGUGAUAGUUUGCGCCCUUUGAUAACGACCCCAGUCGAAUGGUGCUUUUCUCAUCGUUGUAAGAUUCCCACGCAGGUCCUACAAGAGUUUGGACCUAGAUGCAAGGUUAUUGGACACGAGAUUCCCGGACCAACAAGCUACUGCUACAGCUUCCUGGAACGAGUUGCACAGUGGGUACUUCCAGACGGAAGAAAGAAGGUGGGAAUUAGCAUGAUCGUCAUCAACUCAACAUCAAACCAGCAAGGCAACAUUCAGAUAAACUCCGCCAAGUGGAUCAAGGACGGCUGGGCAUUAGUUACAGUUACAGAGGCGGGUGACAACAUGGUUGAUGUCGUCUGCGAUCAAUGGGCUCCAUGCGAAAGCAAUCUUCAUGCAGAUUAUCUGGUGGUGCAAUGGGCUCAAUUUAUUCAGCGGUGGGAGCAAAGCGUUUCUCCCUCCAGAUUGUUAACUCAGUAG